AUGGCCUUUCCUCCAUUGUUCCAGGUCAUGUCCAAGAACACCAAUAUCUUUUGCAUGGACUCGACUCACAAGACAGCAAAGGACAUCACACCGAUCAAAGAGGGCAGCAAGGUCCACAACUCAGUGUACCUGUUCACGCUACUCGUCAAGGACAAGGACGUCCAUCAAGGAAUCCCUGUCGCCUUCAUGGCGUGCGAGUCCGAAUCCCGUACCCGUGUUGCAUUCAUUCACACAGGAGGAACGGAGGAAGCAGAUGCGACCCCUUUUGAACGAGGUUCGCAGAGCCAGAUCACCCGAGUUGCAGCAGACACUCUGGACCAGGCUCAAAGAGCUUUAUUCGGGCGCAUUGUCAGUGAUCAAUUAUAUUCAGAAGAACUGGUUCAACUAGGAUGGAAGGCUGGAGAAAUGGGCGCUUUUUCACAGAGAGGCAAAGAUGGGCAAGUUGUCACGACCAACAAUUGGAUAGAGUCGUGGCAUGCUCGUUUGAAGGGCGAUCAUCUUGGUCGCGAUCGGAAUCUCCGUGUCGAUCGGCUUGUUUAUUUGCUGCAGGAUCGAGUAGAUAGAGGGUUUCGAUUCGCAUAUCUCAAGACCAAGAGAGGCUUCCAACCCAUACCCUGGAGAAAGGGGGACGUGGAGAGGAAACAGAAAGCAGACAAGGUUUCGUUCGACGAGGCACAACGCAAGAUUGAUUACAACAGAGACCAGCCCUGCGAUGAUGGACGCUUACGGAUCUCCAUUCAGUCAUUUGACCCCGACACUCCAGACACGUAUUAUAUCCUUGUUGUCAUCGCCAGAUCUGGGCAACUCCUCUCAUGUUCGCGCCUCGACUUCAUCAAGCGUGAACCCCUUCCGUGCAAGCACAUUUUUCUUGCUGAGCGUGUGUUUCAUGACCUUUGGCUCAGUCGCUUUCUUCGCCCGUCUGUAUCGGCCGAUAUCAUCGAGGACCGGACAGUCGACUUCAACGAUGGUCCCAACGAUAACAUCAACAAUGAUAACAUGCGCAACAAUAAUGACACGGGCAUCUUCGAGCAAGACCCACUCAGAGACCAACUAGCAGUGCUUAACCCAAAAGUUUACACCCAACUCGAAUACGAGAGGGCCAGGAGGGAGGAGGAAGAAAGGCACCGGCGGAAGGAGCAGAGGAAGAGAGACUUUGAGAAUGCAGAGCAAGAGCUCUGUAACAAUGGGCGCAUGAUUGUCGAGCUGAUGAAUAAAAAGUCCAAGACAGGCAGCUUGGAGGACCUGCAGGCUGCAGUGGCCUCCUCCAAGGUUUUGGUGCAUCAACUUAGAGUCCUGCUCAAUAAAUGA